AUGCGCAAAAAUGAAAGUUCGGAGGAAAGGUCUCAACGACUCGAAGCUAAUGCUCAAAGAAAUUCUCAGCAUAAGGCGAAUGAAAAUAAUGACGCAAAGACUAAACGACUCGAAGCUGAUGCUCAGAGACAUACUCAGCAAAGGGUCAAUGAAAAUAAUGACGCAAGGACUCAACGACUCGAAGCUGAUGCUCAGAGACAUGCUCAGCAGAGGGUCAAUGAAAAUAAUGACGCAAAGACUCAACGACUCAAAGCUGAUGCUCAGAGACAUGCUCAGCAAAGGGUCAAUGAAAAUAAUGACGCAAGGACUCAACGACUCGAAGCUGAUGCUCAGAGACAUGCUCAGCAGAAAGUCAAUGAAAAUGAUGACGCAAUGAAUAAACGACUCAAAGUUGAUGCCCAGAGACAUGCUCAGGGAAGCGCUUUAGCUAUGGCUUCCAUGGGUGCCCCGGGCAAUAGAAAUCCAUUGGAUGUUGUGAACAAUGCUCCUUAUUGCUUGAAGAUUCAUGGGCAAUAUCAUCAUUUGACCACAACGGCAAUGCGCCCAGCGGAUGGGCAAGCUCCGCGUUUUGCGCAGCUUUAUUUUUUAGAUACAGAAGAAGCUAUUAAUCAUAGAAUGAAUAAUAAAGCUAAUCAAAAGUGUGAUCCAGUCUUAAUGAAAGAUUUGUCCUGCUUUAUGAUCCAAAGCAAUGAAUUUGCAAAAACUUUUAAGAUGAUGCGUCAAGUUGAACAAGAUCUUAAUCCGAGAGGCAAUAAAGCCAUAAAUUUAAUGUUGUCCUUUCGAAAUGAUCCUCAACACGAUCAAAGAAGAUACAAUGCUCCACGAGCUAAUGAAAUAGCUGUGGUUUUUCAAAAUGUUGAUGGAUUUAAAGUAACUCAAAUGGAUUAUUAUGCUCACCUGUUGGCACCAAGAGUUGAAUUUAGUCAAUUUAAAAAGGCAGGAAAAUUAAGAUGUCAGUUUAUACUUGAUGCUUAUAUGAAAACUGAAGCAAAUAGGCUUAAUUAUAUUAAAUUAAAUCAACCUCAAUUAAGAGCAGAACUUUAUUCGGGAUUAAUGGAUCACCUAGAUAAUCAAGCACAAAAUGAAGGAAUUAAAGCUGGUAUACCUGUAAUAUUACCAUCUUCAUUUAUGGGCAGUCCAAGAAAUAUGCAAGAAAGAUAUCAAGAUGCCAUGUCUCUGGUUAGAAAGUUUGCUUAUGCAGGUGUGAUUGAAUUUCAAAAAAGAGGACUUCCACAUUUGCAUUUACUUGCAAUGUUGAGUGAUGAAGAUAAGCCCAGACUUCAAGAAAUCAUUGACAUGAUGGUAUGGGCUGAAAUUCCUGACAAAGAAAGAUAUCCAGAACUUAAUGUAAAAGUUUUGAGGCACAUGAUUCAUAGUCCUUGUGGAGAUCACUCUCAGAGAUAUCCUUGCACUGGGGAUGAUGGAAAAUGUUCAAAAGGUUUUCCAAAAGAGUUUCGUGAAGAAACUAAUGCUAAUGUAAAUGGAUAUCCUAUGUAUCAACGAAGGAAUUUUAAGAAAAAAUACAUCGUCAGAGGAAAAGAAAUUGAUAAUCGAUGGGUAGUACCAUAUUCACCAUAUUUAAUUAUGAAAUAUGAUCGACAUAUCAAUUUGGAAAUAUGUUCAUCAGUGAAGAGCGUAAAAUACUUAUAUAAAUAUAUUCAUAAAGGAUUUGAUUGUGCUGCAAUUGAAGUACAAGCACAAGAUGGCACAAGGUUAAUUAAAAUAGAUGAAGUUAAUUCAUACCUGGAUGCAAGAUAUGUUAGUGCUCCAGAAGCAAUGUGGAGACUGAACGGAUAUGAUCUGUUCAUGAAGUCUCACACAGUAAUAAGACUGGCAGUUCAUUUGCCUAAUCGCCAAAUGGUUUAUUUCCGAGCGGGAAAUAAAGAACAAGCUGCUCAAAGAGAGCUAACUCGAGAUACCACGUUGACUGCAUGGUUUAAAUUAAAUCAAUCUGAUGAAAAUGCGGUGCAUUUUCUUUACACAGAUAUUCCUUAUCAUUAUAUCUAUGAUAAAAAAGAAACUAAGUGGAAGCUACGCAAAAAGGGUGGUGAUAAAAUAAUUUCAAGACUUUAUACAGUAAGUAUAAAAGAUAUUGAGAGAUUUUAUCUCCGUCUUCUUCUACUUCAUGUAGUUGGAGCUAAAUGUUUUGAAGAUUUGAGAACUGUAAAUGGAGUUCUUUAUAAAACGUUUAAAGAUGCAGCAAUUGCAAAAAAUUUGGUAGAAGCUGAUGAUCUUUGGGAAAAAACGCUGGAAGAAGCAACAGAUUCCAAAAUGCCCGUACAACUUCGAGAGCUAUUUGCCUACAUUUGCAUCUAUGGAACUCCAACAGAUGUACUACCUCUUUGA